AUGAAUAAUAUUAAGAAUGUUAUAGGUGAUCUUACAAAACGUAUUGAACAAAUUGAAAAAUGGGUUAAUCAUAAACGUGAAUCUGAUUCAAAAACCGAAAAUGAAAUUAAAGCAUUACAACUUAGUAAUGUACGUCAUGAAGGUGAAUUAUUACAACAUGCAAAAUUAAUUGAAAAAAUGAUCUUCCCGGUCUUAGAUGAUAUGAUCAUGUUGUUGCUGGAGCUGAACGUUAAAGAUGAACAUACAUCAAAACUCUUACCUUGCAAGGAAAAAGUAGAGAAAGCAGAUUAA